GAGAAAUUAGUGAAGAAAAAGAAAAAGAAAAGAAAAGAAAAGAAAAGAAAAGAAAGAGGAGAUGGCGCCAUUUUACGGUUGUUAGUGGUUGCAAGCGCGCACACAGUGAGUGACCUGCAUCUGCAUGCAUGCAGUCACACACUCUCUGUCUCGCAUUCUUUAAUCUUUAUCCAGUGAGAAGAGAGAGAGAAAGAGAGGAACCACCGUAACUAACAAUGUUUAACAACCACCAUUACUCUCACACCUUCUGCGUCGCCCUCUUCUUCCUCCUUCUCUCUCUCAUCCCAAGAAGCUCCUCGCUUCGCUUCAUCGGCCUCACCUACUCCGCCCCCACCGCCACCCCUUCACCACCACCACCAGAAACAAUCUCCGCCGCACUCUCCACUCUCAAAGUCAACUCCCUCCGCCUCGAAGACCCUGACCCAACCGUCAUCCGCACCUUCCUCUACACCAACGUCUCCCUCUUCCUCACCGUUCCCAACUACCUCGUCCCAACCAUGGCCUCCAACCGCUCCUCCACCCUCCGCUGGCUCUACACUCACGUCGUCCCCUUCUACCCUCGCGCCAGAAUCACCACCAUCUCCGUCGGCAACGCCUUCCUCGACUCCUACCCUCAGUCCGCCUCCGCCCUCCUCCCCGCCAUCACCAACCUCCACCUCUCCCUUCGCGACCUCGGCAUCCGCAAGAUCACCGUCUCCACCUCCUUCUCUUUCGUCACCGCCAUCUCCACCCCCUUCCCUCCUUCCUCCGCUCAGUUCCAAGAGCCUCCCGGAAUCAACCUCAUCGGACCUCUGCUCCAGUUCUUGCGCGACACCAACUCCUCCUUCUUGAUCAACGUCUACCCUUACAACCUCUACAGGCUCAAAUCCGAGAUCCCCUUAGGGAUUGCUCUCUUUCAAGAACACCCGUUCAAUUUCAGAGACGAUUUGGUUACCGGUGUUCGGUACCGGAAUCUUUUCGACAUGAUGAUCGAUGCGGUGGUGAGCGCCAUGGCGGUGGCGGGCUACGAGAGCAUCCCGAUCGUUGUGACGGAGACAGGGUGGCCGAGUAGCAGCACCGCCGCGAACGAGGUGGAGGCGAAUCUAGGGUACGCGGAGAUAUACCUGAAGGGUUUGGUGAAGCAUUUGAGAUCGGGAAUUGGGACGCCAUUGUUGAAGGAUGGUGUGAAGGAAGUUUAUGUCUACGAGAUGUUUGAUAAAAAGGAAGGAACCACUCCUUCUUCGCGCUCUUGGGGUGUUCUCUACGCUAACGGGACCACCAAGUACCGCAUCGAUUUCUCUUCGUCAAAGUCCAACUACUUGUUGGAGGGUUCUUGGAUCAACGUGGCCCUCAGGGUAUUCCUCUCUUUCUUGGUUUUGGUUCUUUGGAUUUGAUAUCAAUUUCAUCAUCAGCUUCAUGUAUAGUCAUUCUUCUCUGACUCAAUGCUUUUUAGUUACUUUCAUGACUGAUGAAUGUGAUGAGUUUAGAUAGAUACUGAUGAUGUGGAUAGUUAUAGAUAUAGAUAUUGGAUUUUCAGUGUUCUUAGUAGACUAAUGAGUGCUAUGACUCAGAAUUUGAUGGUGUCAGAGAGUUUAGAUUAGAUGAUGAGUCAAUGAAAUUUUGGUAUUGAUGAUGUAUUCACCUCAACUCAAGUAAAAUACGAAUCCACUUUUUGUGCAUGUCCCUACCCAGAUUGAUUUGUAUUAUUUUGUAAUAAUAUCUAGAUCCAA